AUGCGCUCCCACCAGCCCGCCGGCGGCCAUCCAGCAGGCCCGCACCACCACCACCCGCCCCACUCCAACGGCCACGCCGCUGCCUCGUCCGCUCCCGUCCUGCCCCCCGCUCUGCCCGCAGGAGGAGGAGGCGCAGCGACAGCAGCAGCAGCAGCAGGCGCAGGAGGCCCCUCCAACCGCCAACUCGCCCAGCCCCCGCCACACCCUACCGCUAACGGAACGCCCACUAACGGCGUGCCCAGGAACGACGCCGCUACCGUUAACGCUAUCCUCAGAGAGGGCGAAAUCAGCUUCCAGAAAACGGUCGGCGACUGGCGCCCCUCGGCCAACCCGCUCAUCGAGAACCUCGUCCGGGGCACCGAGCUCACAUGGAUCGCUGCCGGCUCGGCAUCGGAGUCGUUGGGCGACUACGCCCGGGCGCUCGACUGCUUCGAGCGCGCCCUCAAACACAACCCGCUCUCCGUCCCCGCACUCACCAAGGCCGCCGGCAUCCAUCGCCACCAGGAGAACUUCCGCGACGCCGCGGACUACUUCAGCAGGCUGCUCAAGAUCCACGAGGGCAGCGGGGAGAUCUGGGGCGCCCUGGGCCAUUGUUACUUGAUGCUCGAGGAGCUCCCCAAGGCCUACACCUCCUACCAGCAGGCCCUCCACCACUUCCCCACCCCCAAGUCGGAGCCCAAGCUGUGGUACGGCAUCGGCAUCCUCUACGAUCGCUAUGGCAGUCUCGACCAUGCCGAGGAGGCCUUCAGCAGCGUCAUCAUGAUGGAUCCUCAUUUUGAAAAGGCUAAUGAGAUCUAUUUCCGGCUCGGGAUCAUCUACAAGCAACAGCGCAAGGCCGAGCUCAGUCUCGAAUGCUUUCAGUGGAUUCUUGAUAAGCCGCCCUCCCCCCUCACCGAGAUCGAUAUCUGGUUCCAGAUCGGCCAUGUGCAUGAGCAGCAGGGCAACUUCGAUCAAGCUAAGGAGGCCUAUGAACGCGUGUUGGCGGAGAACCCGACCCAUGCGAAGGUCCUUCAGCAGUUGGGCGGACUGUACUGUCGGGAAGGAAGCAGCUUUUACCACCCGCAGGAGGCCGCCCAUAUCCUGACUCGUAGCCUGAGUGUUGAUCCCGGCGAUCCGUUCAGCUGGUACCUUCUAGCACGGGUGUACAUGACCCUUCAAGAUUACACAAAGGCGUAUGAAUCGUACCAGCAAGCGGUCUACCGUGAUGGGAAGAACCCGGCCUUUUGGUGCUCGAUCGGCGUGCUCUACUAUGCGAUUUCGCAAUACCACGAUUCCCUGGACGCCUACUCGCGCGCGAUCCGGAUCAACCCUUACCUCUCAGAAGUCUGGUUCAACCUCGGCGCCCUGUACGAGUCUUGCAACGACCAAAUGCCCGACGCGGUGGAUGCCUACCAACGCGCCUGCCAACUCGAUCCCAAUAAUCUGCACAUCCAUCGACGGCUCGAGGAGAUCAAAGCCAGCCAGGACACCGGCGCCCCGCUCGGCCCUCCCCCAUCCCCCCGGGACAUGAACCAUUCCUCGCCGAAUUGGCCCUUCCCGAACACCCUGAAUGCCUCGGCUGAAGCCGGCUUCAGCCACUCCCAACCCGCGCCUCACGAGGAGCCCCCGAAGCCCGGCCCGGUCUCCCACUCUCCCGUGACCGCCAGACCGAUCUCGCCCGUCGUGCCCUCGGCCCGGGCCAGACCGGGCACUUCGAGCAGUGCAUCAGGCUUACGGCCCCAAUCCGCCGGGCCAUUCGCCCAUGGGCCGCCUCCCAACUCACACCAUCCGGGCCACGCCGGCCAUCCAGCAGCCCACCCAUCAGCGCAGCAGCAGCAGCAGCAGCAUCCGGCCCCGCCUGCGUCUCUGAACCGGCGUCAAUCGGGCGGACAUGGGCCCCUGGCACCCAUGGAAUUCGACUCCUCUCCCCGCAUGGGCACCCGGGGGCCGCCCUCGGCCCAGCACAACCUGCCCCACAUUCGCUCGGUCGUCGAUUCCCAGUCCCGCGGGCCCUCGCCAGUCCAGCCUGCCCCGGAGCCCCUGCGCCGGCCCAUGUCGAUCUCGGCCUCCGGCUCGACAGCCCGGGAGGUCCUCUCCCCCCGCACCUCCCCCGUCAUCCGCUCCAACCCUCCGCCGCCGCAGCCGCCGCCGGCCGACCGGACCUCCUCCCAGUACGCCAACCCCGGCAGACCGCAUCCCCACCCGUCGGUCUAUCCCCGAUACCCCCCGACGGCCAUCCCCGUCGACGAGCCUAGGGAGCGCGCCGAACGGCCGAUGCGCGAGUCGAUCCGCAUCCGGCCCCAUUCCCCCGAGUACCGCACCGGCUCGGUCGACCGUGACCAUCGCCCGGCUCCUCCUCCCCCGGCGCCGCCUGGAUCGGUGUAUGGCCAUCGCGGGGGAAGCGACUUCGGAUACCCUCCUGCGCCCCCGCAGCACCAGUCGCCAUACGACCCUCGCCACCCCUCUCCCGGGGUCCGGGCCGGCCCCCGCUUCUCGCCCGACCAUCCCCCCGUCCACUCUCCCUCGUGGCCCGCUGGCCCGCCCGGCCCCGCCGCCCCGCCGCUGUCGCCCGACGCCCGCCGGCCGGGCUCCCAGGCCGGCUACCCGCCUCAUUACCCCCCGCCUCCCCAGCAACAACCCUCGCGGCGCUACGAUCCCAGAUUCGACGAGCCCACUGGGCCCCCGCCUCCGCUCGUGCACCAGCACAGACAGAGCCUCUCCUCCCACGACCCCCAGGCGCCCUCCCCGAGACCGCGAUCGGCCGUCCAACGCCUCCCGCCGCCGCCUCCCCCUUCGGUGUACAACAACGAGCAGGAUAUGGAGAGAAUGAAGCCCGCGCCCGCUCCCCAAUCCGAGGGCGCCGCCAACGCUACGCUCCCCAGGAGGACCGCGCGCACUAAGCUGGCCACCCUUAAGGACGACGACGGCCCCCCACCGCCCCCGCAGCCCGCGGCGGCCCCGGGCCCGGGCCUUGCGCGCAGACGCAAGCUCCCGUUCUCCAGAGCCGUCGCUGCGGCCCCUCCCCCCACUACUACCAUGGCCAGCCCCGCCACCCAGCCCGCCCUGCCCCCCGCCCAUCCACCUCCGCCGACCCUGCCCGCUCCCGCCCCGGCUGCUACUUCUGGUGGGACACAGAAGAAGGAGAAGAAGAAGAUCGCGAACACGAAGCUUCGUGGGGCCGGGCCGCCUACGUCGACGAGUUCGACGAGUUCGAAGAAUAAGCGGCAGUCGCCCGACCCUGCGGCCCCUGCCCGGCCUUCGCCGCCUGUCACUCGGCCCGUAGGAGGGUCGCCCGGCAUGACGGGGGCCCCGGAUCGGAGGGUCGACGAGGAGUUCUCGGAGUACGACGAGGUCGCGGACGCGUUGUUGAGCUUUGCGGGCCAGCCGCCCCGGAGGACGAUUCUCCCUUCUCCUCCCCCUCCCCCUCCUGCUGCUGGGAAACCGACGAGUUCGAGCCGGACGAGGGCGGAGAGAAACGCGAAGGAGGACGAGUUCCAUCGUCCGCAUGCGCCGCAAGACGACCCGCCGGCUGGCCCGCUCAGCUCGUCCCCUGAUGCGGCGCUCGCCGGGAAGACUUAUCGGCCUCCGGACGCGCCGACCUCUCGGCCUGGCCCUUCUGGACCUGGAUCUGGACCUGGAUCGGCCGGUGGGGGGGUCUCGAAACGGGCGCGCGGGGAAGACGGCGCGGCGGUGGGCCAAGGGGACGCGAGUGGCGGCCCGCCGGAGCCCAAACGGCCCCGCGGACUUCCUCGGUCGCCGGCCGUCCCCGCAGCCCCCGACCGCCCCGCCCCGAGGAGCGAUCUCGCUCAGCCGGCGCCCGGCCCUGGCACCGCUGGGCCUCCGUCUUCGCAGCCGCCCAGAAACGGAGCGGCGCAGGACGCGGCUGUGGACGCGGCUGUGGACCCGGCUGUGGACCCGGCUGGGAGCGGGGCGUGA